AUGGCGACCGAGUUGACCGUCCAGUCGGAGCGUGCCUUUUUGAAGCAGCCUCACAUCUUCACCAACGCCAAAGUAAAGUCCAAGAGCAAGGCCGUCGGAAAGGGUGGACGAAGAUGGUACAAGGACGUUGGUCUGGGAUUCAGGACGCCAAAGACCGCCAUUGAGGGAAACUACAUUGACAAGAAGUGCCCCUUCACCGGCCAGGUUUCCAUCCGUGGCCGUAUCCUGACCGGUACCGUUGUUUCCACCAAGAUGCACCGUACUCUCGUCAUCCGACGAGAAUACCUCCACUACAUCCCCAAGUACUCCCGUUACGAGAAGAGACACAAGAACCUUGCUGCCCACGUUUCUCCUGCUUUCCGUGUUGAGGAAGGUGACCAGGUCACCGUUGGCCAGUGCCGACCAUUGAGCAAGACUGUCCGAUUCAACGUUCUCCGCGUUCUGCCACGCACCGGCAAGGCCGUCAAGGCAUUCCAGAAAUUCUAA